CAACAGUCAACGACAGUAAAAUCACACCCAAACCGUAAACUUUACUGACGGAGUUUAGUGACUGCACGUUAAAACGCGGAAGAUAUCUGUCCAGCACCGGCGGUCGAGUAUACGUUAGACGUUUUUUGCCCCGCGUGCCCCCUCGACUUAUCGCGCCUUGCAGCAGUGUUGAAAAGGUGACAUAUUACGUGAGCACACUCACUGCCUGGCAGUUUUUGCACUUGCGCGCGUUCGUGACAUACUUUGAUUGUGAAUGUUUAGUGUGUUGAUGGCGUCAGGCAGUACUCGCCGGUAAAGUGCAGCGCUAUACCUCCCGAAUCGAAUUGUGGUCAAGCUAGACGGAUCGGCCCAUCCAGUCUCACGCGGUACUGUAUCGGUUCCAGGAUCCCUUGUCGGUCAGCGGUCUCUGUUACUACUGGAAAAUGUUCCUCAGACUUUUCUUUGCUUUCAUCCUCUUCGAAGCCUGCCUCGGCCAGUUCUUCACUAACGGUCGCUAUGGGAAGCGAUCCCAAGGAGUCAUCGUCGAUGAUCAAGGCGCCAGUCUGGAGCUGGGAUCCCUUUCAGCUGCGGAUGGGACUAAUCCGCACUUGGCGUGCAUCUACACCGGAUACCAGGAUCUAUUUCGGUGUCAAAGGCUACCAGCGGAUUCAUCGGGACGGAUAACCAGUUCCAUCACAGCCAAGUAGCAAGCCGCCAAAUUAUAUAAGGCUGUCUUGGAUCAACGUAUUGUCGCCGCGUACACCCGGCUGGUCUAAAAAAUUGCCGUCAGUACCAGAGAACGUCAGCUCCCUGUACAUACGCUGCAAUUCUUGCUUUUUGUUCUCAUUCUGUUUUACACAUAACAAAAUAAAUACCUGCUACUGCAUUACAUAAAUAAUGUAUUGAUUGUUCGGCUCCUUGAAAUGUCUUGUUUUGCGUCAUUGAUUAUAAUGUUAUAUGUCAAUCUGGACAACACCGGCUUUUACUGCGCUACUGCGCCGUAUAACAUUUUUUAUGUCCAUUUAUCUGUUACGAAGUUUGCCCUGCGACGCACCAUGUUUUAAAUAUUUGAUCAUCGUGA